CGUGUCAGAUCAUCCACGGAGCUUCAGCACACACACACACAAACACACACACGCGCGCACACAGAGCACAGCGACCCUCCUCCUGCGCGCAUCUCCGCUCCACGCUGCGUAAAACCAACACCUCGGCGAGGAUGGACGGAUGGAUGGACGCGUGGAUGUGGAUAGAUGGAACCGAAUGAAGAAUACUUCCAGUGAUUUUUUUUCUCUUUUUUCUUUAUUAUUAUAACGACUCUCUCGGAUUAACCUUUUUAAUCUGUGAAAAGCAAAAAGAAGUAAAGGAUUUGAGGAGAGGGGAAGGAAGGAAAGGAAAGGAAAGGAAAGCUCCGGGUUGCUGAGGAAAGGCUGGGUGCGUCUGGAAACACGGAAAGUCACGGAUCAUGCUUAUGGGAACUUCCGAUUCCGUCUCGAUAAGAGUGGCUCUGCCUGAUGCUCUAUCAUGACUGAUGGCGAGGGGAGAGUGCGCUUUCAGUACGCAGAGUGCCCGGAGGGGCAGGAGGAGUCGCGGGAGGAGGUGAGGCUCGCCAUACCACCGUCGCCCUACAGGAACGACGCCCCGGGUCACGAUGUUGACCCUGGAGGAAUCCAUGAUGAUGAGGAGGAGGAAGAGGAGGAGGAGGAGGUGGAAACAAGGAGGAGGGGGAGUGGUCGGGGCGACGGAGCAGAAUGGAGUCCCGAGGUUCAGGAGCACGAAGACCAGGAACCGGAACUGGAAGUGGAAGUCGGACCGACGUUGGGAGUUCGCAUCAGGGCUCCUAUUCGGGAUCCAGACUGCGUGUCCGAGGAAGAGGAGCAGCAGCCGUACCCUUUGCUGGCCCCCGUGGCCUUCUUCUGCUUAAAGCAGACGACAAGGCCUCGCAACUGGUGUCUCCGCGUCGUCUGUAACCCGUGGUUCGAGCACGUAUCCAUGCUGGUGAUCCUGCUCAACUGCGUGACUCUGGGGAUGUUCCAGCCCUGUGAAGACGUCGCCUGUCAGUCAGAUUGGUGCCGCAUCCUGCAGGUAUUGGACGACUGCAUCUUUGCUUUCUUCGCCGUGGAAAUGGUCAUCAAGAUGGUGGCCCUGGGAAUUUUUGGCCCCAAUUGUUACCUUGGCGACAAGUGGAACCAGCUCGACUUCGUCAUCGUCAUGGCAGGGGUGAUGGAGUAUUCUCUGGACGGCCAUAACGCCAGUCUGUCAGCCAUCCGUACCGUCCGAGUGCUCAGGCCACUGCGGGCCAUCAACAGAGUACCAAGUAUGCGUAUCUUGGUGACGCUGCUGUUGGACACCCUGCCCAUGCUGGGGAACGUCCUUCUCCUCUGCUUCUUCGUCUUUUUCAUCUUCGGCAUUGUGGGAGUCCAGCUGUGGGCGGGGCUACUGCGCAACCGCUGCUUCAUGAAAGAGGAAAUCAGAACAAUGUACAACUUGUCCAUAAGUCCUUACUACAUGUCCGAGGACGGCGUCGACAGCCCAUUCAUCUGCUCGGCUCCCCGCGAGAACGGGAUGCUGCGCUGCACCAGCGUGCCGCCAUACGAAGAGGGCGGGGUCGAUUGCUCGUUGGACGCUCCCCCCCAAAGUUCAGCUCUGAUCGGAAUGGGCGGGGCCAGCGUUAACGGCUGCGUUAACUGGAACCAGUACUAUAACAUGUGUCGCCCCGGGGACCUCAACCCUCACAAGGGAGCUGUCAACUUUGACAAUAUCGGCUACGCCUGGAUAGCCAUAUUCCAGGUCAUCACACUGGAAGGAUGGGUAGAUAUCAUGUACUAUGUCAUGGACGCUCACUCCUUCUACAAUUUUAUAUAUUUUAUACUGCUCAUUAUCGUGGGCUCUUUCUUCAUGAUCAACUUGUGCCUCGUGGUCAUCGCCACCCAGUUCUCCGAGACAAAGCAAAGGGAGAACGCCCUGAUGAGGGAGCAGCGCGCUCGCUACAUGUCCAACGACUCCACGCUCGCCAGCUACAGCGAGCCGGGCUCGUGCUACGAGGAGAUGCUACGCUACAUCAGCCACCUUUAUCGCAAGUUCACACGCAGACUGCAGAGGAUAUACUCUGGAUGGCACAGUAAAAGGCGUAAAAAGGUGAAUCCUAACGGCGGUGGCGGAGGCAGUAACGGCGGGGGCAACGGACACGGCCACGGCUCCAGCAGGGGCUGCGGAGGCUUGGGCCCGGGUAGCGCGCUGUGGCUGAGACCGAUCCACAACCUCCUGCAGCACCAUCAGCACCAGCACUGUCGCCUCAGCAACGGGGGGCAGCACGCCACCAGCGUGGCGACCGCCGAGCACACGGACGGAGAAGGAGGGGAGGAGCUGGAGAUGAAGUCGCUUCCUGUCCGGAGAGGGAGCACAAAUGGAAAUAGCGCCGGCGACUCGUCCGUGGUCGCCCAGGGCAUGGGGGCGUUGCUGGGGCGACUGAACGGGGGGAUGAACUAUCCGACCAUACUGCCGUCGUUCGUGUGCAGCUACAGCAGUAAGACGCCGCCCCCCCACUCCCAGCAGUGUGGCCACAGUCCCGAGCAUCACCCAGCAAACCACCCGACGUCUGAACACGCAGAGACGCUGAACAAGCUCUACCAGCUCAUGGGACAGCACAGUCGCCAGAGGCUGCUGUACCAGCUGGCAGGCGUGGUGCCCAGCCCUCUGCUCCUGGAGCUGCUCAGCUGCCCUCUGUGUGCCCGCAGUCUGGAGACCUUGGAGCUGGAACUGGGAGACCUGGAGGGAGGCAGGGGAGAGGCUGACGGACUGCACGACUUCCCCCAGGUCAGACUGCACGGGGGUGCACUAAUGAUGAUGGGCGGGGAUCUGAGAGGCGUGCGAGGUCGUGGCAGGCGGCGAGGGGCCGGGGAGAACAAAAACGGAGUGGUUCGGGCCUGGGUAGGCUUCAGGGAAAAACUGAAGAGGAUCGUGGAAAGUAAAUACUUCAACCGAGGGAUCAUGAUCGCUAUCCUCGUCAACACUCUCAGCAUGGGGAUAGAGUACCACCAGCAGCCUGAGGAGUUGACUGACAUAUUGGAGAUCAGUAACAUUGUCUUCACCAGCAUGUUCGUCCUGGAGAUGGGCUUCAUGAUGCUGGCUUUUGGCUUGUUUGGAUACAUCAGGAACCCGUACAACAUAUUCGACAGCAUCAUUGUGAUCAUCAGUGUGUGGGAGAUAAUUGGUCAAGCAGACGGCGGGUUGUCAGUCCUGCGAACGUUCCGUCUGCUGCGGGUUCUGAAGCUGGUCCGCUUCCUGCCCGCCCUGAGGAGACAACUGGUAGUGCUGAUGAAGACCAUGGACAACGUGGCCACGUUCUGCAUGCUGCUGAUGCUCUUCAUCUUCACUUUCAGUAUACUGGGUAUGCAUUUGUUUGGCUGUAAAUUCAGUCUUCAGACGGAGAACGGAGACACCAUCCCUGACCGCAAGAAUUUUGACUCUCUGCUCUGGGCCAUCGUCACUGUAUUCCAGAUUCUCACCCAGGAGGACUGGAACGUGGUGCUGUAUAACGGCAUGGCCUCCACCUCUUCAUGGGCGGCUCUCUACUUUGUUGCUCUCAUGACAUUCGGCAACUAUGUGCUCUUCAAUUUACUCGUGGCCAUCUUGGUUGAGGGCUUCCAGGCUGAGGGCGAUGCUAAUCGGUCGGAGUCGGAUGAUGAGAAGAAAUCAGACAACUUUGAGGAGGACGACAAGGUCGAACAGCUCAGAGACACUGAGCUAAAAAUGUACUCCCUGAUGAUGACAGCCAACGGUCACGUCGACCCUCGCGGCUCCAUGGCUCCUCCAAUAAUCAUGCGCACGGCAGCCACGCCCAUGCCCACUCCUAAGAGCUCUCUGGGACCCGAGUCCGUCCUCGGAGACGAGCUCAUGUACAGAGAGGGGGUGCCUCAGUACGGCGAGGUGGGACUGGGGUUUUCCGAGGCAGGAAGUGGUCACACAGAGUCUCGCCGUGGCAGCUCCACCUCCAUGGAACCCUUAGCCUUUGACCAGCACUCCCUGAACCUCUCAAGUCCUGGCCGGCGCUCCCCUCUUCCUCCCCGCUCAUGGGGAAGCCGUCGCUCCAGCUGGAACAGUCUGGGAAGAGCGCCGAGCCUCAAAAGGCGAGACACCAGCGGCGAGAGGGAGAGCCUGCUGUCUGGGGAGGGAGGAGAGGAGGAGGACGGCGGGGAAGAUAAGGGGGAGGCCGGGGGGAACAACCGACUGCGGCCGGAGACCUUGGAGCUGCUGCAGGCGUCCACUCUCUGCCCUUCCAUAAUAGCGGAGUACGGCGACUGCAACGGGAGGACCCUGACCUAUGACCCCAACGUGAACUCCGACCCCAAGGAGGACCUCUCUCCCGAAGACGACAUCGAUGAAGACAGUUCAUUCUGGUGCUGGAUCAGAAGAGAGCUUCUCAACAAGAAGCCCCGCUGGUGCAAAGAGCAUGAAGACUGGAACCUGUAUCUGUUCUCUCCAGAGAGCAAAUUACGUGGUUGGUGCCAAAGCGUGAUCUCUCACAAAUUGUUCGACCACAUCGUUCUGGUUUUCAUCUUCCUCAACUGCAUCACCAUCGCUCUGGAAAGACCUGAUAUACAUAUUCACAGCAAGGAGCGGCUGUUUCUGCGUGUGUCCAACUACGUUUUCACUGUGAUCUUCCUGGCAGAGAUGCUCACUAAGGUCUUAGCUCUCGGUUUCUGCUUUGGGAAGCAGACUUACCUCCAGUCCAGCUGGAACGUUCUGGACGGUUUGUUGGUGUUCGUGUCUAUGGUCGACAUUCUGGUCUCCCUGGCCUAUACUGGCGGAAACAGGAUCCUGGGCAUCCUCAGAGUCCUCCGCCUGCUACGAACACUACGCCCACUGAGGGUGAUCAGCCGAGCCCCGGGAUUAAAGCUGGUUGUGGAGACGCUCAUCACCUCUCUCAGACCCAUCGGGAACAUUGUCCUCAUCUGCUGCGCCUUCUUCAUUGUCUUUGGCAUCUUGGGAGUGCAGCUGUUCAAAGGGAAGUUCUACCACUGUGAAGGUCUGGACACGAAAAACAUCACCAACAAGUCUGACUGCCUGCAGGCCAACUACCGCUGGAUACGGAGGAAGUACAACUUUGACAACCUGAUUCAGGCUCUGAUGUCUUUGUUUGUGCUGUCCUGUAAGGACGGCUGGGUCAACAUCAUGUAUGACGGGUUGGACGCAGUAGGAGUGGACCAACAGCCUGUAAGGAACCACAACCCCUGGAUGCUGCUCUACUUCAUCUCCUUCCUCCUCAUCGUCAGCUUCUUCGUCCUCAACAUGUUCGUCGGUGUCGUGGUGGAGAACUUCCACAAGUGCCGGCAGGACCAGGAAGAGGAGGAGGCCCGCUUACGGGAAGAGAAGAGGCUCAAAAUGAUAGAGAAAAAGCGCAGGAGUAAGGAGAAUGAUGGGGCUGAGGCCAAGCAGAGGCCGUACUACGCCGACUACUCUCCCCUGCGUCUUACCAUCCACACACUGUGCACCAGCCACUACCUGGACCUCUUCAUCACCUUCAUCAUCUGCAUCAACGUCUUCACCAUGAGCAUCGAGCACUACAACCAGCCGAAGUAUUUAGAGGAGGUCCUGAAGUACUGUAACUACGUGUUUACCUGCAUCUUCGUCGUCGAGGCCCUGCUCAAACUUGCAGCGUUCGGGAUACAAAGGUUCUUCAAAGACAGAUGGAAUCAGCUGGAUAUAGCGAUAGUGGCGCUGUCCAUCAUGGGCAUCACUCUGGAGGAGCUGAAAAUGAGCGCAGCACUGCCCAUCAAUCCUACCAUCAUCCGAAUCAUGAGAGUACUCAGAAUAGCACGAGUGCUGAAACUUCUGAAGAUGGCCACGGGGAUGCGAUCUCUGCUGGAUACCGUCAUGCAAGCGCUGCCGCAGGUGGGAAAUCUGGGCCUCCUCUUCAUGCUGCUCUUCUUCAUCUACGCUGCGCUGGGAGUGGAGCUCUUCGGCAAACUGGAGUGCAAUGACAACAACCCAUGUGAGGGUCUGAGUCGUCACGCCACCUUUGAGAACUUUGGGAUGGCCUUCCUCACUCUGUUUCGAGUGUCCACUGGAGAUAACUGGAAUGGGAUUAUGAAAGACACGUUAAGGGAGUGUCAUCAAGACGACCGCCACUGUCUCUCCUACCUGCCUUUGGUCUCUCCAAUUUACUUUGUCACGUUCGUGCUCAUGGCCCAGUUUGUGCUGGUCAACGUGGUCGUGGCUGUUUUGAUGAAACAUCUAGAGGAAAGUAACAAGGAGGCUAAAGAGGAUGCAGAGAUGGACGCAGAGAUCGCCUUGGAAAUGGCGAUGGAGAGGGAACGCAAACUAAGCACAACCUCCAACAACAGUUCAGCGGGAGGAACCUAUGUCGGGCCGUGUCCACAUUCACCUGGACAGGAGGAAGAGGUGCAGUACGUGGACCAGGACCUGCUGUCGUUAAGGAAGAUGUCCGUAUCCAGGAUGCACUCUCUGCCUAACGACAGCUACAUGUUCCGACCCGUGCGGCCCGCCAGCGCCCCCUACCCUCUGGAGGAGGUAGAGCUCAGCCCCCAGCACCAGCAUUCAGGCUCAGUGACGUCGGUCCACUCUCAGCCGGGUGACGGUUGCGCGCUGCUGCAGGUGCCGGACGUUUCCCCCGUUCACCCUCGGUCACCUCCCACCCUCGCCCUGCCCCGCAUCGCCCCGCCCACGCCCAGCCCCUCCCCUCGGGCCCUGCGCAGACAGGUGGCAGUUAAAUUGGAUUCUGUGGAGUCCCACAGUUGUGAGCAACAGGAGAGGCCCCACCCCAUCCACCUUCCUCCUCUCUCUCCUCACACCCCCACCCCGUCUCCCCUGCCUCCCCCUCCUCCGCCCUCCUCCCCCUCUGCCCUCUCUCUCCCACCCUGCUCGCCUUCAGCCUUCCCACUCCCUCCUCCCUCUCCCUCUCAUCUGCAUCCUCUACUGUCCUCCCCCUCUCCCCUCUCUCCUCCGCCAUCUUCCCCCUCGCUCCUUCCCCCUCCGCCUCCCUCCCCCCGUCUCCCCCUGCGCCCUCCCAGCCUACGGCGACCCAGACCGCCCUCCGCCGUCUCCCUCAGCGACCCGGCGGACGAGGAGGUGUAUCACAUCACCAGCUCGGCCCGCCACAGGUGGAGAGACGAGGAGGGGGGAGGGCAGGAGAGCAGAGGGAAGGUCGGCCGCAGCCACUCCCUCUCCCCCUACGCCAGCCCGCACAACUCCAACUCCUCCCCUCUUCCUCCCCCGCUACCGCCCUCCACCUCCAGGAGCACGCUCAGUCUGCUCGCAGCGGGAUUGACGGACCUUCAGAAGGGUUCAGGCGCCGACAACCAGGCCUUCCAGGACAAGCCGUCGUCAUUGUCUGCUUGUUACCCCGACGACCAUCGGCGCCACUCCAUCGAGGUCUGCCUCCCGCAGUUUGUCAUCCCCGGUGACGACCAACACUCUACACGCGAGGCCCACCGGUCGGAAAAAGGCGGUCAGGCGUUUCCCGUGAGGGUGCAGUCGGUCGGGGGCGGCCACAGAAAGAAGAAGAUGAGUCCUCCGUGUAUAUCCAUCCACCCGCCCUGCGAGAGGGAGCACCCCCACAUUGCAUCACCCCCAAAACUGGCCGACUGCAGCAUGCUGCUGAGACGCAGGACGCCGUCGUACGACCUGACCCCGCACACAAACACGCAAGACGUCAACGCGGAGAUGCGCACGCACUCCCCGAUGCACACGCCACUCACACCCAUCCACGUACCGCUGCAAGCACACUCGCCGACACGCGCGAUGACGCUCUCGCGGGCGUCCACUCCGACACACACUCCAUCCACACCCACGCUCCCGCACAUCCCGAUCAGCCCGAACAUCUUCAUCCAACCUCACGCGCCUCUCGUCCCGAUGCCUUUCUCGCAGACGCGCUCCCUCUCCCCCGCCGCGAGGCACCCCUCGCUCACAGGGGACUACAUCCCCCUCCCCCAGUUCACCUUCGACCAACCGCAGUCCAGAUACAUGAGCGGCCUGUCACCCGGCCUAUCAGAUGCCGACACGGCCACCUGCUCUUCCCCUUUCGACAACAGACUGGGAAGCGGUGCGGCGUUCAGUGCAAAGAAUCGGAGGACCGCCCAGUGAACAUCGGGCAUUGCCUUCAGGAAGUGAUUUAAUUGGUCCUAAAUCUCUGAAUUCGGAGUCGAAGGCCCUCGGCUGACCUCAGCAGAGAUUGGUGCUGGGGAGAAAACGAAGAGAAAGAAGUUUCUGGGAGAUGUUUUUGUUUAAAUGGAUACUGAAAAGAGAUGAAUUAUUCUUUCCAGAGAGACGCUGGUACAGUCCCGCCCUAGAAUAACAAGACAGUGGAUCCGUUUUCCUGAACCACUGCGGCUGUACCGGUCAAACAGGACUCACUGUACAUGGUGUGUUUGGGACUAAUACUAAAAACACACCAGGACUAAAGCCACCUAAACUCCGUAGCCAAAGUUUUUUUUUUGACACACUGUCCCCCACCCACGCGAGCCAAUCAGGAAGCAGCGUCUGGCUGACUAACCUCUGACCUUUUCCAAGGAAGCGGUUUGUGAAAUGCGAGCGUUGGGGUGGGGAAUUGUGGGAUAUGCAACUUCAGGUUUUCUACAGAAGUUCUGCUUGCCCCUCCUCUGCUCCUCGAUCACAUUGAUCCGAGUAGAAGUGUGCGUGCGCGUGUGAGUGAGCGUGUCUGCGUUUUCCUAUGUGCGAGUAUUGUCAAAAUCUGUUGUCAUGGAAGUCGGCCAUGUUUAUUCUUAACGCCUGCGACGACAGAGAGGGGAAGCAGGGCAGAGCUGUAGUGUAUGUUUAUUUGUGUAUCUGUGCAGUGUAAAUAAAGGAAAAUACUGUAUUUGGUGAGAUUUAAAAAUAGCUCUAUCCAUAUGCACAUAUUUUUAUAGAGAUCUAAACAUGUUUUUUGCACACAAAUUUGAAUUUCAAGUUGCUUGUUUUAUCCUCUGUUGUCCUCUUGUGAAUGUAUGUUUCUUUUCAAAAUACCGGAGAGAGAGAGAGCAGCGAGGUAGAUGGACCCUCCACUCGACAGGCUAUAGAUGAGGUUGAGGAGUGGGGAUUUUAUUUUUCUAUUUUGAAAAAGAGGAAAGAAGAGAACAGGGAUGUGAUGUGUUUCUGUAGCUUUGUCUCAGAUUUCUAUGUAUUUGGUGUCUAAAAUAACAGUCUUAAGAAACGGGCUCAGUGAUGCAAGCCAAAUUCAUUUUAAGAUGUUUUGCAAUGUGGCUAUUAUUCCAAAAUAUACACUUCAAUUUAUGUAUUUGUCCAUCUAAAUUAUACAUUUACAACUAUAGCAGGCAGCUUAAUAUCUCUGUGGUUCUGCUGACUGAUGGGAAUUUACACAGUAUGGACAAAAUCCAGUAUUAUCCUCGUGGAAAGACGCCAUCUCUGAGCCCCCCUUCUGCAGCUGUUUUCAGGCUGGAUCAGCUCUGACACCACUUAGUGUUUCUGUACAUCUAAAGACAACCAAACUAACUAACUUACUAAAUAUGUGUAGCUAGAGUGCAAUAAUAAUAUAUACUUGUGGAAAAUAUAGUAACAUCCACACAUUAAAACAACCACACU